UCUCUCCCCUGCAGAGUUCGACACUCGAUUAUUUUAGCCUUUUGCCGGGUAGCUAGCAAAAUGCUAAAUUGACGAGCUGGCUAGCUAAAUUCGCUAGUAGUAGUGAUGCACAUUAGCGAUUCAAUCUGUGUAAGGUUAAAUACAGUCAUUCGGAGAUAGCUAGCCAGCCAGUCAGCCAAGAUAGCUCAGUUCAGCUGUAAAACAAAAAUGAGUCUUCUUCCAGACCUGAAUGCCAAUGAGGAUGAAACAUGCUACGACGCAGACAAGACCUGGGUCCAGUGCAAGUCUCCCAGAUGUCUGAAGUGGAGACUGGUACCAAAGAGUGAUGAAACGGUGGCUGAGCUGGACCAUGGCAAGUCCUGGCACUGUCAUAUGAACCCAGACCCUCUGUUCAGCCACUGCAGCAUCCCUCAGGGCCCUUUCCCCAACAACUCCCAGUUCAAGGAACAUGGCCUGAAGGUUGUGUACUCCGGGCUGCCUGUCGGGAGCCUGGUGCUGGUGAAAGCAUGUAACUGGCCAUGGUGGCCAGCCAUUCUAAGUCCAGACCCCAACGUGGAGGAGUAUGUGAAGCUGGACAGCGAGGGUUAUGUGGAGCACUACCAUGUUGAGUUCCUGGGGAAACCUCAUACCAGAUUCUGGGCUGCUGCCAAGCAUGUAGAACUCUACCACAACUCCUCCACUAAACCCAGAUACAGGAACCUGCGAGGCGCUAUGAGGAAGUCUUAUGAGGUGGCGAUGGAGGAGGUGGCUAAGGUCAGGGAGAUGGGCUGUGAGGAGAGACUGCAGAUCAGCCACUUCCAGCCACAGGAUUUGUUGAGUCAGGCUCAGAGGUUAAUGCAGGCUAUUGAGAGGAUGCUCAGACAAUACACCAACCAGCAGGACAACCAGGGCAAGGUAGAGACAUCUUAGGUUCUAGUAACUUCUGUAUAAGAACUAACAAUCUCCUGGGUAUCCAGUAUCCACUGCUAUUAGGAUAUGUGACACUGUACACACAGCCAAUGAUUUUGAC